AUGGCCGGAGUUGGUUGGGCGAGAACAGAGUUGAAAGGCGAGGUCGGCAAAUCCGGCAUCAUUCCCGGCCGGGUCUUCUCUGAAGAGCAGAGCAUGGGACUCCGGUUCGGAUGCGAUCUCGGCGCGAGGUGUGGCAUCAUCUGCCGACUAUUCGGUAAUAGUCAGCGGGCACAGGCGUCGGGAACACAGCCCGGCAAGUCACUCCAGAUCCAAAGGAUCCGUUUGAAAGCAUCGAAAACAUUCUCUCUCUUUGACCUCAUCCUUGUGCCACUGCCGGACGUACCCUCUCCCUCCACUCUCAGCCAACCUCAACCCCGCACGAUGGCGCCCAAGGGUCCGUACAAGCUGGUCACGGUCAACACCGCCCCCGAGCGGGCGAAGCGGCUCGUCGGGCGAGUCGUCGAGGAGCUCAAAGACAGCUACACGAUCGUGCACGUCGCCAACUGCGAGAAGAUUGAGGAAGUCGAAGGCAAGGUGAAGGAGCACCAGCCAGAUGUCCUUUUCUGCGCAUCCAUGUGGACGGCGGAGGAGGCGGACCAGAUCCUCACCACGGCGAGGACGCUGAGGCCGGGCAUCAAGACGCACGCGAUCCCCCACGGCCUGCAGGUCGAGAGGGGUCCCGAUGCGAUUGUCGAGCACUUGCUCGAAAAGGUUCCCCAGCUACUUGAGGAGUAA